CCAACCCCGACUACAGUCAGUCAGUGCAACACCGGCUCCCUGCAGUGCUGCAACUCCGUUGAGAGCGCGUCCUCCGCGUCGGCGAGCCUGCUCCUCGGGCUCCUCGGCAUUGUUCUUGACGCCGUGGACGUCCUCAUUGGUGUCACUUGCAGCCCCAUCUCCGUCAUCGGCCUGGGCGGUAGCAGCUGCAGCGCCAACCCCGUAUGCUGCGAGAACAAUUCCUUCGGUGGCUUGAUCUCCAUUGGCUGCGUCCCCAUCACCUUGUAG